AUGGGAAAGGAACGUUUUUACUUUCAUUUGAUGGAGGUCACCAUAGUGCAGAUGCUCAAAGCACAUGGAUUUGACAAAGCUGCCAGCCCACAAGUUCUGGAGUUACUUACUGAUAUUACCAUUCGAUAUUUCAACCUCAUAACAAAGACUGUCCUGAAAUACGUCGAACUACGCGAUGAUCUGAGUCCCAAUAUAAAAGAUAUAACAGAUGCGUUUUUAGAUUUAGGGGUGAUAGACCCCAGCAACAGGUUGGACGAGAAAGAUAUUGAUUCUCUCAAUGAUCAAGGUAUCGAAAACUUUGAAAAAUGGUUCAACCAUGAUAUGAACACUAGGAUGAGAGAAAUUGCCAGGCCAGACCUUGAAUUUCUGGAAAACCGUAAGAAGGAGAAAAUGAAGAAAUCAAAUGAACAAAACUCCAAAAUGGACAGUCUUACAAAGGCGCUCGACGAGCAAUCGAAGCAAGCCCAAAUGCAUAAUCCAACGAUGCCUUACUUACCACCUCCUUCCACCAAGGCUACACCAACACCCUUCAAUUCAUUUAGUAAUAGUAUACCCACACUAACCUCUAACGAAAAUAAUGCCCAUGAUGAUAUAGAAGCAGAUACGGCAGAAUUAGACUAUGAUAUACCUGCUAGUGCCAUCGACGAAGACUGGAUUCAGUAUUUGAUUAGAGAUCAAAUAACGACAUUCUUGAUGUCUAUUAAAUUGAAUAAGAAUAAAACACAAUCGACAAACGCAUUAAACAACAACAAAGAUGAUGAUAUUAAUCACUUGAGGCCCACAAACUUGAAGGGAACAGUGUUAGAGGAAUAUACUCCAGAGGAUUUAAAAGUUCAUGUAGUCGGAAGCGGGAAAAACGAAGACAAUCACUUUUUGAUCGAUGGCCCAAUACCGGAAAAACUCUUGCAUGCAUUCCCCUACUAUAAAAGUGAUUCCGAUUCGUCAGAUACUGAAGAGGAUGAAUCGGAAUCCGGUUCAGAAGAUUCUCACAGUGAAGACAAAGAAAUCCAAACAAACAAAUUAGCAGCGUACGAUUAUUAUGAGCAUCACAAUCUCUACGAUGAUGAUGAAAUGGAGGAUGUAGACUUGUAUGGACAAGGUGACACACAUGACCUUAACUUAUUCGGAUGA